AUGGUAAGUGAAGACACCAUAGCCCCAGAGGACCAAUCUCUCACCAGACAAGCAACUAGUGACCGGUUUAACCUAGAGCCAUUGAGAAACGGUGGGGAGGAGGAUGCGGCUGGAAGAUCCGACCUUUUCACACUUCUGCCUGUCCCUUUGUCUCUGCAUCUCACGCUCCUCCCUUCCGAAGACUCAACGCCGUCUUUUUUCUCCCAGCUCUCGACAUUCACUCUCUGCCUGAGGGCUGCCUCAGAGGCGAAGCGAGGUUACAGCUUGUUAUCCUAUGCCACAGCGAAUACGGACAAUGAGCUGCUCCUCUGGCACAACGAGAACACGAAGCUGUCCCUCUACUUUGGCAGCGAUAUAUUCCAUUUCGCCCUCCCGGAGACCGACGCUCUGCUGAGACACAUCUGCGUGAGCUGGGACUCCCCAACUGGAAUCAUCACCUUCUGGCUCAAUGGAGUCCGGAGCCUUCGGAAAGUCGGCAACAAAGGUGGGGUGGUCCGUAGUGGGGGCACGUUUAUGCUGGGGCAGGAAAAGGACCAGGACCAGGUCGGGGGCAAGUUUGACAGCAAGCAGAGUUUCGUGGGAGAGUUGACAGAUGUCCACUUGUGGGACUACGUCCUUUCGGCAAACAACAUCAAGGCACUAAAUCAAGGGUGUCACAGUGCCGGGGGUAACAUCAUCAGCUGGCAUACAGUGCAAUACGAGAGCAGGGGGAGCGUGAAGAUAGAGGACAAUCAUGACUGCAGCUUCUAA